GAAGAGAUGGAUCUAAAGUUUUUAGAAAGACAACCUGAAUUAAUGAUAUACAGAAAAGCAAUGAUUCAUUUUAUUUUAUAUGAUUAAAGUGCUUAGUACCUGUGGUACCUAUCAGAUGAAUGAAUAUUAAAUUUACUAAAUAAACAAAUGUUAAGUAAGGCAGACAGAAUUAUAUUUAAAUAUGACAAUUAAGAUGAAAAAGAAAUCAUGGGAUAUUUUGUGAGUUCAAAUUUGCUUCAAAUGUUCAAAGGUAUUGUAGCGGGGAGUACAUGUAUAUAGGGAACUUUUACCGCCUCGUUAGCUUUCCUAGUGAGUUAAUCAAUGAAAUUGAGAGUACGUGUCAUGUAGUGGUAUUCCCAGGCAUGCUUUCUGCAGAAAUCAGAAAUCGUCGUGCUGGACCAUCAAAGGCCUCCAUGACUCGUGUGCAUUCUAUUGUUAGUGAUGCCACUUACAAACUCCGGCGGCUUCCUGUGAGGGCCAAGUGUUUUCUCAUUUCUGCUGCUGUGUUGUCGUUCUACCUGUAUGGAUGCCUGUUUUUAUCUUUGUCCAAGAAUCAUUUGACAGAGGAGUCCUAUUUGCAAACUGAAAAGUGCCCAGCAUGCUUUGGUCACAGUAUAUGCAUGGAUUUGAAAGAUGGUCUAAUCAAAAUGAAGGGGUGGUCCAGAUUAAGAUUUUUAGAUUUUGUGAAUUUAAAGAAUGUCCACAUAGGUCAUCAUGAAGGACUAGAGAAGACUGUUGUCUUGAAAAAGCUAGCCCAUAAUAGAGAAUGGGAAAAUAUCGACGACAAAAUAUGUACAGAUGCAAACAGACCUCUUGGAUGUGACGUAGCAAGAGUGCUUGACAAAAUGAAAGUAACUAAUGCAAUCCAGAGAGAAGGAUUGCAACCAAGCCACCUUAAAGACCUGAGCUACAUGUUUGCUUGUCCAACAUAUAAUUUGAUUGACAGAAUAUAUAGAUACUAUAAAGAAAAAGUUUACCCUGAACGGCGUGAGAUGAUGUUUAGGGACAAGCUACAGAUAUAUGCAACUGCUUGGGUUAAUCCAGAACCACUCAUACUUCAGACAUUCCCAAAGAGUGAAGGAUGGCCAUUCCCUGAAUACUUCGGAGCUUGUGGGAGGUUCAUUGUUGUCAGCAAUGAAGGAGAACCUCUGAACAAUUUCUACAAUGCGCCAUUUCACAAAAGGGCUGAUUUGGCAUACCAGAUAAUGAAGAUUGCAGAAAGACUGACAAAUCAUGGCAACCCUUACGGUCUGUACUGGACAGAUCUAAGUUACGAAAAUCUAGUGGUAGAUGAAGCAGGAAGAGUAUCUGUGAUUGAUGUGGAAAAUGUGGUGGUGGUUGAUAGGCUGGCCAUUCAGAAAGUAAAACCUGGGGGAUAUGAUGAUUUGUUGGAGUCCAAGUUUGAUGACUGUGGAGGUAAAAACUGCCUAGUCUUUUCAACCGAAGAUCUCUGCUCCCAUAAAGAGUCUGACCACAACUACUUUGCAGCUUGCCGCAAUCUUCUCUCCAAAUACGCUAAUGAAGGGGACCUUGGCAUGCCAGAUGGUCUCCUCCAUGAUAUGCCCAAUUAUGCCAGGGAUGACUUUGAUCUAGAGUACCUAUUAAAUGAAUGUGUUCACCCUACAGUGGCUGAAGGAAGAAUGAAAGCCAAGGAAAAGAUAAUAAAUGCAUUGGACAUGUUACGAAAUGUUCAAGAUUCUAAAGAUAUUGCAAAAGGUGAUCGGAUCUGAAAACGGUAUUAUGCUAUUGUGUAACACAUAUCAAGAUAUUAUCAUAAAAUUGAUGUUUUGAUCUCAUGGUUAAUGAAUAAGAUAUGAAAUAGCAUCCCUUUGAGAGAACAUUUGUGCGUCUUGUAUCACCAGAUUUUAGUGAGGUACUUUGAUUGUUUUCAUUAGAUCACUUGCUCUUAUGAACAAAGCUUUUACUAUACUGAUCUAAUUGUAUUUAUCAAUGUAAAUUACUGAUAGAGGUUGCUUAGUUAACAAUCUAAUUAAAAUAAGGUCCUUUGAUUUGCUCACCUUUGUGUAUUGUAGGUGAGUGGAUCAAAGGAUCUAAUUUUAAUUAGAUUGAUUAGUUAAAGAUAGUGUUUAUGUAUUGUGAUCAUGUUUAAAAAUUUCUUGGUUAAAUGAGUGUCUAUUUAUAUAUAUAUUGUACACAAGUUAAUUUUUGCCCCAUGUAAUGACACUGAUGUAUUAUUUUAUCUUGCUAUAAAUUCAUGCUUGCAAAUACUGUUUAUUGGUACUACUGUGAUGAGAAAAGUUCCAUUUGACUAUUUUAGUUUUUAGUGCAUACAUUGUAGAUUUAAAAAGCAUGAAAUUGUUGUCAUGGUGUCUGAGAAAUGUAACACGGGGUGAAAAUUUCCUUGUAUGCAGUACUUAGUCACACAACAGGAAGUAUGUGCCAUAAGUAUAUUCAUGUGUAUUAUGUGUAUCAUCCAUUUUAAUGUAUCCCAAAUGCAUCUUUGCAAGCCAAGGGAAUUUGGUCCACUCCAAGUGGAACAAAAACUCCUCAAUUUGGAUAGAUGUCCCUCCUGCAGCUGAAGCUGAAUCAGUUACCACCCGAAAUACAUCUUAUGUCCUUUCCACAGACCUCGAUCAGGGCACCUAGACUGAAAAUAGUGUAUUUACCCACAAUCCUCCUGCUGGCUGGAGAACCUGUAGUAUUAAGUGGAUAUAUUUAGUGCUAAGUAGGAUCACAUUAUUUAGUAGGAGCAUGGCUAGUAUCAAUUUCUUGUCUAUUUAUUUUAAAGAACAUGUACAUAUAAUGACAGUAAUAUACAUAAUUUUGAUGAAAAUGUUCAGGAAAUGUAAUGUUGUAUGCUACAUCAUGCACUUCCUGGACAAGAUUUUGAACAGCUGUUCAUGCCUUAUACAUUGAUAACAUUUUCUGUUAUACGUAAAACACUCUUUGAUGAUAGAAAGACCAUACUCACCCUAACAUCCCCGACUCAGCUUUAUCGAGCAUGUUCUUCUAUCUGAUUAGUAGAUAGUCUCUUCAUUACAAAUACCUCCACCUAUUGUGUUUUUUAUCUAAAUUCAGACAUCUCAUUAUUCCAUUCGAUGACAUGAAUUGUAGAGUUAUUGCUCUUAUGCUGUGUUUUGGUAAACAUUCCAUUUUUAGAUGUACAGGUACAUGUGUAUAUAAACAUGUUCCUUUUGAUAAAUGAGUGAUAGUUUAAGGAGGAAUGCUUCACAAGAGAAAUUUGAAGGUAGAUGAAAAUUGGAGGAUAUUUACAACAAUAUUUUGAAAUCGUAAAGUUUCAAAUUUACUUAAUUUAGUCAAAAAAUGCAAUUUUAUUAGAAAGUAAUCUGGAAAAAAAUUAAAACACCUGCUGGACUCAAACACGCAAUUUACAGUUCAGCAGUAAACAUGCUUGCCUAUUGAUCGAGCUACUUGGCUAGGCAGUUAGAUCUAAAAGGAAUCGACAAAUAUAAUUGCUGAUAUCUAUAUUUUCAUUCAUGUUUUAAUAGAAAGUCGGCCAUUAUGAUGAUGUAGUAUACCUCCUUAAGUCAAUCUAAUUAAAAGUUUAUUGUAAUGAUAGAGAAGAUUUAAGUAUACUUGUGAAAAUUAUAUGUCUCCUGCUUUUUGCUGGGUAUUGAAAUGGACCUCUCUGUUCCAUCUGAUACCAUUUGAGUUUAGCAAUGAAACUUUCCCAUUAAGAAAAUCUAUUACUAAAUGACUCCUAUAUAAAGGGUAUCAGGUCCUAUCACAGGCACCUGAAGUAUGGAUAUUGCUACCCCCCCCCCCCCCUUUGAUAAUUUUCUUUUGGUGGCAAUAAUUUCUCUGAAAUGUGUGAAUUCCCGGUCUAUCUCAUCCCUCUUUCGAUUCAUGCAAUUGUUUUCACGCUUUUUGUAAGCUUUUGAGAUUGGCCUUCUGCUGGUAUAAUAAAAUACAUGUAUUAUACCGGUAGAAGGUAGACCGUGAAUUCACACAUUUCAGAGAAGUUAUUGCCACCAAAAGAAAAUUAUCAAAAGGGGGAGGGUAGUAAUAUCCAUACUUCAGGUGCCUGUGGUCCUAUAGCAUAUUAAAAAUUGGUUUCCAAGCAAUAUGCCAAUACUGAAAUAAGGUUCAGCCAUGAGGUCUUUGACUGAAGGAUGAACCAUAUUGGUUUUUAAAAACCAAAUCACCUAGGGGAAGAAACAGUUGCUGGAUGAAAAACAAUAUUUACUAAUCUUUGCUUGGAAAUGUUUCUGAUAACAUAAAGUUGAGAUAAGCAGAGUAGAACCCUUGGCUAGUGAAAGAUUUUUUUUUUUUUGCAUUUUUUAUGUAUACAUAAGCAAUAGAAUUAUUUGCAGAGUGUUUUCAGUGCAUCCUUUUUUUUUUUUUUAUAAAGCACAAUUUUAAUACCUAUAGCCUUUGCGCAUAAAUUCAUUGAAUUUGUUGGUUUUCAUGGUAAUUACUUAUAGAUACAUGAAAUUAUUAAAUGUACAUAAAAAUUGUGAUGUUUAAUCUGGAUUUUAAAUUCCUAAAUAAAGACCUUUACUAUUGGA